UUUCUUUGUAACGCCCUCUAUAUUCCAGCUGAAAAUAUUGACAUUUAUCGAAUAUAACUUAUCGCCACCUUUAACAUUGUAUGGCCUUGCAAAAUACUCUAUGUUAUUUAUACUUAUGGGAGACAAAGAAUGAGAGACAUUACAACAUGUCCAGAAAGGAUACACGAGUAAGUGUGUGGAUCAAAAGUGGUUGACAUCUAGUGAUCUGCACCGGUUUGACAAAAACUUGGUAAAAAAAACAGCCUGAUAGUGACACCCAGCCAGGAUGAAGCAUCACCCAUGGAUGUAGUCUGGAGAUGUUCUUCAGUGAUGCAGUGACUUGACAGCUGUUUCAAAAUGUUUGCGAAAAUUGACACAAAGAAAGGUCAGUUUUUGGAACAGACCAAAGCAGCCCGAGCUGAAAGAGCACAGGAGAAAGUGAAAGAAAAGGCUGCACUGAAGAUACAGGCUGUUGCCAAAGGAUUCCUUUGUAGGCAAAGGUUUAAGAAGGAAAUCAGCCACGAUGUUGACAAGCUUCUCCAGAUGCCAGGUGACAAAGAGGAGGACUACAAACCAACACUCUUGCCAGCCCUAGAAGUGUUCCAGACCAUCAAAAAAUAUUUGUUUAUUACGGAUGACCGGGACACAGUCAGGUUCGGGUAUCUCUGCCGCUAUCUCCUCGUCUCUGUGGACUCCGACAAUCUCAGGACAUCAUAUGUUUCGGUUGCCAUGACUAAAAAGCAUGUGUUACCAUGGAUACAGCAACUGAAAGACAUUCUAUGGAGAAGUUCUACCAUGCUUGGGUGUUUAAAACCCGAGAGCCACAACGACAUGAAGGUGAUCACGGUGUAUCUCCGGCUCCUUAUCACAUUCACCAGCCCUGCAUCCUGGAAAAUACUCAAAGGAAAAACUGGAGAGGCCCUGACACCUGGCAUGUCCCAGCUCUGCAAUAACGUCAUGGGUCACCUCAACAGUAAAGGCAUCUACAAGAUACUUCAGGGUCUACUGACACGUGGACUGGCUCGACCUAAGCCUGUCUUCACGAGAGCUACACUGACAGCAAUCAUUACCCUGGCGUUGAGACCCCUUGUGUCGGCCAACUUCUCCGACAACCUGUUGACGGUCUUUCUGCUGCACAUCCUGUCUGUCCCGGCCAUCAUAUACCACAUCUCCCACACGGCUCAUCAGUGCAUGUCUUCACUGAUCACACAUCGGAUCUUCAAGCGGUGCUUGGACCUGAUGACCAUUGAACAGAGUACUCGCAUCAUUUUCAACUCCCUUGAAGGAAACUAUGCCCUCUGUCUCAUGGCCAACCUGAUCCACCUUGGAUACACAGAGCUGGAGGGACUGGUGGAGAACACAAUGAGCUUCAUGAUUGUUAUGAUCCGGCUUCUAGAGAGCUGUAAGAUGUAUGUCCAAAACAAGAGGUCAAACCUGACUCACUGGCACCCUGUCCUGGGCUGGUUCUCCCAGAACACAGACCAAAGCCUGCACGAGGCGAUGCCGUAUGUGGUGAAGCAGCUGCAGCUACUGUGGAGUGAGAGAAUGAUCCGUCUCUUGUUCUCCGUCCUACUGGAGUAUGUGGAGACCACACAGAACAACUCCACGGUGCACUCUCCCAGCUCACCCACAAGAAAUAUCCUGAAGAAAGCCCUGGUGAAGGCAUCUUCAUCAAAGACCGUCAACCCCAAGAUCAAACUGGACAGCUCUGUGGCCACUUCCACUUGCAUGCCGUGUGCCUUGUAUCGAACCGCCUUACAGACCCUCUCACAACUCAGGUCCGACAUUCUUGGAGGACUAAGCUAUAACGAGACGCUCCUGCCCAUCCUGUGGCGAUUCCUGUCAGACUUGGGCCCAAGUUGUGGUUUAAAGACUUUCCUGGACCUGUUGGGCCAAGCGCCCAACUCUACCAUCCACCCUGUGUUCAGUCUCCUCACCCUCUUCUGUGAAACAUCCAGCCAUCUCAUCAUGUAAGUAGCUCCAGCCAUCUCAUCAUGUAAGUAGCUCCAGCCAUAUCAUGUAAGUAGCUCCAGCCAUCUCAUCAUCAUUGAUGAGUUCUCACUGACACUGUGUUAAUGUAUAUGGUGCGAUGUUCCAGACAUCCAGACUGCAGGCUGGAGCGAUGUGUUCUCCUCCUCCUGGAACCUGCUGAUGAUCCUCCAUGAGCGAGAUGCACGCCGCAGCUACACACAGAGUCACCACUGGCUGGUCAGGGAUAUGAAGGCAAGUCAGUUCAUGGGGGAGCUGGAGAGAGGCAGGAAGACUGUACAGUUCCUUAUGCAGAAAGUGCCCCAUAUCAUUCCAUUCCAUGAGAGAGUUAUAUUAUUCCGUAAGAAUGUGUCAAAGGAGAAGGAUGCACUGGGUCUGACAGAGUCGGUGUGCACCUCCCCCCAGUCGACACUCAUCACUGUGCAUAGAAGCCGCAUCGUUGAGGACGGGUAUCGGCAGCUGGCCCAGCUCCCAUCACGAGCUAUGAAGGGGGUCAUCAGGGUCAAGUUCAUCAAUGAACAGGGCCUGGAUGAGGCUGGUAUCGACCAGGAUGGAGUGUUUAAGGAGUUCCUGGAAGAGACCAUCGCCAGAGUGUUUGAUCCUGCUCUCAAUCUGUUUAAGGUGACGAGCGAGCAGAAGCUAUACCCCUCGUCCACCUCCUACAUCCAGGAGAACCACUUGGCUCUGUUUGAGUUUGUGGGCAAGAUGCUGGCCAAGGCCCUCUAUGAGGGUAUUGUUGUAGACAUUCCGUUCGCCCCCUUCUUCCUGACGCAGCUCCUGGGGCGCCAACAGAGCUCCACCUACAGCUCCCUGGAUGAGCUGCCCUCCCUUGACCCUGAGCUGGCAAAGAGCCUCACCUACAUCAAGCACUACGACGGAGACAUGUGUGACCUUGAGCUGACCUUCUCCUGUGACGAGGAUUGCAUGGGGCGGCUGGAAACUCAUGAGUUGGUUCCAGGAGGGAAGGCCAUCUCCGUCACCAACGAGAACAAGAUCCGCUAUGUACACCUGAUGGCCCACUUCCGAAUGUACCGCCAGAUCAAGGAGCAGACGUUGGCCUUCAUUAGAGGGUUCAAGGCCGUCGUCAACCCCGACUGGUUACAGAUGUUCUCCGCGCCUGAACUCCAGAAACUCAUCUCCGGGGACAACAUGGAGGUCGAUAUCGAGGACCUCAGGAGGCAUACCCAGUACUAUGGUGGUUACCAUAACAACCACAAGGUGAUCAACUGGCUGUGGGAUAUCCUGGAGAAAGAUCUCACAUUCCCAGAGAAGGGUCUCUUCCUCAAGUUUGUGACCAGCUGUUCCAAGCCCCCACUGCUGGGCUUUGCCAACCUUGAGCCACCCUUCUCCAUCCGGUGUGUGGAGGUCAGCGAUGACCAGGAUACUGGCGACACUGUGGGAAGCGUCCUCAAGGGAUUCUUCAACAUCAAGAAGAAGGAUGCCGGCGGCCGCCUCCCGACCUCCUCCACCUGCUUCAACCUCCUCAAACUCCCGAACUACUCCAAGAAGAGCAUUCUCCUCGACAAGCUCCGCUACGCUAUUCACUCACACUCUGGAUUUGAAAUAUCAUGAUGUCAUUGUUCCACAUCUCUCUGCCUCCUCAUCAGCUCACAGCACAGAUGCUUUGAAGAUGAAGCUGUGGUAGAUGAAAUUAUUCAUCCACGGAUGUAAAUCCACUUAGGUCACAAACUAUAGAGGGUUGAGUUGGAAGCAGUACGGUACCGGCGUCAUGUGGUUUCUAUGCCACACUAAGCUACUUUGUGAUAUAACAGAUAUAUUGUCUGGAGUGGAGUUCAACCCAAUUCACUCACUCACUAUCUUGGUUUACAAAAUAUGAACUCAAAUCUGAACCAAUUUUUCUGUUCAUAUUGACUGACUUAAAUUUUGGACUGAAAGUGAAACUAUAAAUAUCUUCAGCUAUGCCUCCAUGAAAGCACCAUCUAGUCUGAUCCAUAAUAGGAUACAGAGUUGCUUCCCCUAGCUGUGUGAGGAUCAUGGUUCAAAUCCAAAGCUAUUUCUGCUUUGUUUUAUCGCCAGGUACCAGAGUCAGUAUUUACCCGGGUUGUUUGGAGUGUUACUUUCACAUUAAGCCAACAUUAUUUAUUAAAUAGUCCCAUUUGUUUCCAGCAGAAUUAACACUCACUCAUAAUAGCUUGCCAACUGUAAAGGAGUGUUGUGUUAGCUGCCCAUACCGUGGUACACUACCCACAGGAGGUCAAUGAUCUGGAGUUAUAUGUUUUUAAUAUGUACAAGUGUAGUUCAGCAGUUCUUUCUUACGAAAAUCAUAUGAUGUAGAGAGAUGACUCUGCUCUAACAGAGGAUGUCAGUACUAGAAUACUGAUAGAAGUAGGUCUGUCUGGAGGGCUGAAGGUUGGUGUGUCAGUACCUAGCUGCAUCAUACUGUCAGGUGUUAAAGACGAUACCUGUUGUAACCUUGUAUGAUGCUCGGUAUUAAGGGGAUAACACAAGGACUGUCGGCCUGUAGUCAAUCUGAGUGGGGCAUCCAUGUUAACUCUGCUUCAUGUCUCAGUAGGUAAACGCUAUGAAACUGACAUUGGUAGGGACUAUUGGAACCAGGCUCGAACACAGGACCACAAUUGCGUGUCACUGUAAACAUGUAGUAAUCAAUGUUAAGUCCUGUUUAUAUAUGUAAUACUCUUAGCACAAUGGCGGUGGGGUAGCCUCGUGGUUAAAGCGUUCACUUGUCACACCGAAGACCUGGGGUUGACUCCCCACAUGGGUACAAUGUGUGAAGACCAUUUGUGGUGUGAUAUUGCUGGAAUGUUGCUAAAAGUGGUGUUAAACCAUACUCACUCACUCUUAGCCCAAUCUUAGGUUCUGUUUCACCUCAGAGCUUCACAUAUACAUGUUUUCAGCUCAAAUACUUCAGUCCAAAAUAUUCCCACGCAUUCAGCUGGUAUUAUCUCUUGCACUAGGAUUCUACCAUACCUGACGCAUACAGUACAUGGCGGUUUCAGCCUGCAGAUUUCAGAGUGUGUGGUUUACAGAGGUUGGAUUCCACUUUGAGUGUGCACUGCACAGGUUUCUCAGAUUGUUAAUAGUUUUAGAGUUCAGUUAUCAAGAACUGGUUCCAGAUUGAAGGUACAUCCAUCCUUGUGUGCUCUUGACAGUAAUGUUGCCGUGUGAUGCACUAGUCCAUGUCUAGUUUGUUCUGGUGACCAAGUUAAGAUGUCCUGUAAACUUAUUAACCUAACCUUCUGUAAACCCCCUCGUAAGUCUCACUGCAACACAGUUAGAGAAAUUCUUCAGGAACGAUAUCAUCCAGAAAAUAGGGAAGUAUCAGAAAAUGUUUUCAGUUGUUUUGGAGCAGCAGACCCUUUUCACCAAAGUUCUUGAUGUACAGACUACAUGUGACUGUCGUCCAUAUUGCUGCCAUGCUGUAUAUAGAGAUGAAGUGUAAAUAUACAAUGUGCUUACUCCGUGCGGGGGUAGAGUCUAGGCAUAGCUUAUAGCAUGUAGUCCUCCUCCUUCGUAACGUGGGUCAUGGGGACCAUAGAUCUUGUAGCGUGUGUAUUUGAUGCAAUAUGUGUUGAAAAUACUCAGAUUAAUGUAGCUGUUGGGUUGAUUCGACACAACCACAAGUCUACUGAUUCUCAUAGUAACUGACGUACUGACGCUUGGAUUCAGUGCACAACCAAUAAUUAUGUAUGCAUAUGACUCACUUGAACACAGAGGUAGCCCAGGGCAAUCCCUGCUAUACAACCUAUAUAGACUAGUUGUUGUAUAAGGCUGAUAUCGUUUUACAUGGUAUAACAUGGGGUUUUACAUGAUAUACCAUGGGGGUUUUACAUGAUAUAACAUGGGGUUCCACAUGGUAUAAGAUGGGGUUUUACAUAGUAUAAGAUGGGGUUUUACAUGGUAUAAGAUGGGGUUCCACAUGGCAUAAGAUGGGGUUUUACAUAGUGUAAGAUGGGGUUUUACAUGGUAUAAGAUGGUGUUCCACAUGGUAUAAGUUGGGGUUUUACAUGGUAGAAGUUAGAGUUUUACAUGGUAUAACAUGGCCUGCAUUGCUUGCCUGUGUGUUGCCAGGUUUGUUAUUUUUUUGUCCUUCCAACUGUCUGAAGGUGAGAAAUGCUCACUAUCAUAUGGAUGGCAUUGGUCGAUGUACCAUGAGAACCGACAUUAACAAGGACUGGUUAGGGUAGGCAAGAGGUAUAAGUGUGCCCCUAUCAUGCUGAAGUUCUGGGUUUUGUUCCUUCUGCUUGAAGCUUAUCCUUGAACUUAUGCUAGUAUAUUCCAGAAUGAUGAUGCAUUAUUGCUAACAGUAUGUUCAUUCCACUGAGAAGGACUGUUGAUUGUGUUACAGGGUUAUGUUUAGCAGCUAGUCUCAUAGAGCAGAGAUAUCUCAGGUCUUGUAUUGUAUUCCUUGAUGACAUUCCGUUCAACCGCAGCUUUCUACAUAAUCCAUGGUGACGAGUUGACUUCAUCCAUGGUGGCGAGUUGACUUCGUCCAUGGUGACGAGUUGACUUCGUCCAUGGUGACGAGUUGACUUCAUGCAUGGUGACGAGUUCUGGUAGGUAUUGCACUGUCAAUAUUUUGCCAAAAUGUGGUGUAUAUAUGCACAUGGAGAUUUGAUGUGCAGUGGUUGUUAGGUUGGAUAUUGUAAAUAAGUUCGCAGCUUAUUAUCCGUCAUCUGUACUCAUAGCAGCACGGGUUGCAGUGUCUCGGACAUGAGGCCUCCUUUGAUUUGAUACACCUACUUCAAUACAAGUCUGUCUAAUCUUGACAACUGCCUUAGGGAUAUAUAUGAUCUUUAAAGCCAUAGCAAAUCUUUUACACAGUUCAGUGAUAUCUUGUUGUCAAUUUGUUGAUGUGAUUAUUAGUUUCUAAAGAUCCAAUUGUUUUGAAAUCAAAUGUAGAAAGGUAUCAAGUCGGAGAAGAUGGCCCGAUAGUGCUGUAUUGUGUAUACUUGUGAUGAGCUGUUUGUUGUUGAGUCUCUGUGCCAUGUAUGAACGAUUUCUUGUGCCAAACGUAGCAGUAGUUGAAAAUAUCAGUAUAUGCAGUGAAAUGGGCAUGUGAAACCUUGUUACCCUGGAAACCUGCCUUCCAAAUCUGGAAAUCGCUACUCGAGAUCAAUGACUAGUUCACUGAUUACCACACAGGUUUAGGAUUGUGAUGACAAAAAGCUGAUACUGGGGUUCAGUUUAGUGGCAGCAACAGUAGACAGUAGACAGUACUCACUGUCCAGAAUCUUGUGUUGCCGGGUCUUGUACAGACCUGAAUCAUUCAGGGCACGCUUCCAUCUGGGCUAACACGGUUUCACUGCGUACAGAGCCUUCACCAAUGGGCAGAUAACUCUGACCAUGUCUUGUUGCAGGGGUUGAUGGGAGUAGAUAUGGUGUUGUAAUGAUGGGUCCCCUUGUUCAGCUGCUAUAGGUGUCUGGGUGGACAUUAGUAGGUGGAAAUAUACAUGAUGAAACAUUACUGGGAUUGGAGGGUUUUUUUAUCAGAUUGUUUUAAGGUAGGGAAAUAAUGGUGAUAUUGUUGACCAGAUUCUCCAGCAGUGUUGUAUGCUGAAGGGGAUGUACAUUGUCUGGGAGUAUGGUUCUUGUGCUGUGAUGAUCUGUGUUGUUUAUUGCCAUGGUGACAGUGUGCUGCCAGUUGGGGUAAUUGUAUGUAGUACAGGAUGGCAGAUAAAAAGUGAGAUGAGGUUUCCAUGGCAUCUGUGCUUUUAGCUUUCACGACAAAUGUCCACAAAAUUCUACUGUAUGAUUAAUAAUGUUACACAUCAUGUCACUAACUUUGAGGCACAGUUAUCUAGGGAAUUGCAAUUUGCUGUGCAGAGUUCCGUCCCCUUGGUGUUCCAGGAACCUGUGAUCAUUGGUUGAAUCCUCAGCACCAUGCCCUGUGUUAGUUUUGGCUUUCUUUCCACAUCAAACCGCCAGCCACACCUUGAUCUGACAGAAUUACUGAUCAAAGCGGCUUUAAACCAGCUCACUAUCAAAUAUUCUGAUGAACCCUGAUCACCACAGGUUGUCUUUCAUCAGCUGGGCUACAACAGUGGAGUCGAGAACUUGCCAAGCUAGUCCAUCCCAGUCGUCUUCAGCAAGUGCUUUCUGUGUCAUGUGAAUGUUGAUCUGGUGUGCGAGCAAUGUGUGUCUGAUGUGUGUGCGUGUGCGUGUGCAUCGACGUUCAGGGCCAGGAUCACAGAAAAUUACCAUAGACAUUUUGGCAGCCAUCUGUGCAACAUGCAUGUAUAACAAUGGCAAUAUUCCACUUCUCUGUAUUUCAUGGUAUCACUUACAAUUAGUUUUGUUUAAGUUCAGACAAAUAAAUGGACUGAUAUUUCAAGUUUUCUCAGAAGCCAAUUGUACCACCUUGAUGACCAGAUGUGAGUAUCUGUUACUACUUGUCUACUGUGGCAGUAGAUUUGUUGCACUGUGUGGUGACCAUGGUAACCACGACAUCAUUUUCUUACAAAGAUUACUCAAGAAAGUCCACUGAGUCAACAAACAUUGAACCAAGAUUGAUGUUGUGGAGGCUGAGAGCAGAACCUACUACUACUACUAAAAGCACUCCUGCAAUCUCCUAUAGGUGACGCUCUCCAAUCUCCUAUAGGUGACACUCUCCAGGGUUCCUGCUUUUGUUGUGCCAGCUGAUGUCAGGUCAUGCAGAAGUUGUUUGUGACACUUGUGUUUGAAGAUAUAUUUACGUGUUGUGGGGAAAGGUAUUAUCAUAUUUGUCUCAAUUUCUUAUUCUUUGCCAAUGAUAUGCACUUUUGUAACAGGUUUUUACAAAAUGUUUAAACUUUCAAAUUCAGAUGAAGAUAAAAAAACUCACUAUUAUUAGCAGUGCAGAAUUCAUGGUAAACUUAACAUACCACUAUGAAUCAAGUAAGCGCUGCCCAAUUCUUUCAUGACGGAAUAAUUAUAGUGAACUGUAGAAUUAGGUGGUGCUUAACUUGCUUUGAGUUGACUAGAAACUGUUUUCAUUCAUAGUGAUCAUGCACUCAUCCUGGUUAUUCCACUGACUUGUGGAUAGAUCUUUUGUUGUGUACAUACAAACUCUAUGAGAUGUUACGCCAGAAAUGUAUUUUAAUAUGAAUGUCAAUAAAAACAAACUAAAAAAGUGAAA